GGGCCUUCGAGGAUGCAAGAGGAGCGAAUGGAGAACAAGAGGCAAUUCGGGUGCACGUACCCGAGCGGUGGUAGCUUCGUCACAUACUCUUUGUUGCAACCUCGGAUCUCGAUCCGAGUCACUCUUCCUCGACAAUGACAUGUACUAUGUCAUUAUCCCCGCGGCAAAGGAGGCACAAUAUUGGUUCUCUGCGAGAUAGGAAAGGUUCUUUGUGCUACCACUGGCGGGAUAAGCCUAUGAACCACGGUCGAUAUGGCUGUUAUAAAAGGCGCGAGAGGAUGCGGUACAUCUGGUUCUGAGUUGUGUGCGAUUUGGUUCUCUUCGUGUGUCUGAACCUCCUGAGAACAAUAUCUCUCAUAUCUCAGUUGCUAUCGCAAUCUUGUUCGUCAACAUGUCGGUUUCUGCCAACUUUCUCAAACCCUGGCUCCCUAAGAAGGAAUCUCCUUCCAUCUUACUAUCCAACGCCCAAUUGAUUGACCCAGUCGAGGGCAAGGUCCAUUCAAACGUCUCCGUGCACGUCAGCGAAGGCGUGAUAAAAGGCGUGUCACUCGACAACGCACUCCUCAACGUCCCCAAAAGCACAACCACUAUCGACCUCGAAGGCCGCUACAUCUGCCCGGGCCUAAUCGACUCCCACGUCCACAUCUCCGCCGUACCCGGCGAGAUGGACUUCCGCCUAGUCACAUCAACCCCUGAAUCAAUUGGACUCCUCCGCAUGGUCGGCGUCGUCCGCGACAUGCUCUGGCGUGGCUUCACCAGCGCCCGAGACUGCGGCGGCGCCCCAAGUUCCCUGAAAGAGGCAUGCGAGGAGUGGCUCGUCCCGGGCCCCCGCCUCUUCAUCAGCGGCCACGCAUUAAGUCAAACAGGCGGCCACGGCGACUUCCGUGCAAAGCAUGACCACCACCUGUGCACCUCCGGCUUUGUCUCCGGCAUCGGCCGCGUCUGCGACGGCGUCCCGGCUUGUCUGGCCGUCGCGCGUGACGAACUGCGCAGCGGGGCGGACUUCAUCAAGAUCAUGGGCAGCGGCGGCGUCAUCAGUCCGACGGAUUAUCUCGAGCAUCACCAGUUCUCGCCGGAGGAGAUCCGGGCGAUUGUGCGAUGCGCGACGAAUAAUAAGACCUAUGUGACUUGUCACGCGUAUAGUCCGGAGUCGAUCCAGAUUGCCAUUGAGAAUGGUGUCCAGGGCAUCGAACAUGGGAAUCUCAUUGACCCACCGACGGCUAAGCUCAUGGCUGAGAAGGGCGUCUAUAUGACUCCGACGCUGGUUACUUAUCAUGCUAUGGGUGAUGCCGCCGUCUCCGGGUUCUUGCCUCCUGAUUCUGCGGAGAAGAAUGUCCGUGUUCUGGAGAUGGGGCUUGGCGCCCUUAAGCUUGCUAAGGAGCAUGGCGUGACGUUGUGCUAUGGGUCGGACUUGCUGGGGCCGUUGGGUCAGUACCAGAGCCGGGAGUUUGGGAUUAGGGCUCAGGUGCUUACGCCUUUGGAUAUCUUGAGGAGUGCGACAAUUAACCCGGCCCGCAUGAUGAAGCAGCCCAAGUUGGGGCAGGUUAAGGAGGGGUUCUUUGCGGAUUUGUUGGUGCUUGAUCAUAACCCGCUGGAGGACAUUACGGUGCUGGAGCGAUGGGAGACGGAGAUACGGUUGGUCAUUAAGGAUGGUAGGGUGUGUCGUAGUUCCAUUGAUGGACUAACUGGGCUGUUGGAUGAGUAUAAGAAAUUAUAGGUUGCUGGGAGAGAUUUCUGCUGCGAAGUAUGCA